GAUUAGACUUCUAACAGAAUUAGCAAGAGACACUGGAGAUAUCUAGGUCCCCGAUGCUUCCAAGCUUGGACAAGCCGGUCUGUCACGCGAACACGCGAGGCGUCGUGCCUACUGCCAGCAGGAAGCGAAUGCCAGAAGCCCAGAACUGACGAAAGCGAACCACACAGGAGCAGCCGAACCACGCGGCGUGGAGACGGCGGCGAGAAGCGUCGGGCACGUCACACGUACGUGCAGCCUCCCUGGUGGGUCCCAUCCCGUCCCCGUCCCCGUCCCCGAUCAUCCUCCGCCACCCUCCUCCGUGCGCCAGCGCCACUGCCCUGCUGACAGCGCAGCUUCAUGCGCCGCCUGUCUCGCGUGUGCCCCGCGCCACCGGCUCAGACCGCUCCGCCACGCCCCCACGAGCAGUCGAGCACGGACGGAGGCGCCUCACGCUCCUGCCGCAGCUGCGCGCGACCUGUCGGUUCGCAGAGCUCUCCUACUACUACUUGCUCCUAGUAGUACUAGUAGCUACUCUUAGCUAGCCAGCCAGCGCAUUCGCAUGGACAUGGGGAUCGCGCGGGUGGCGGCCCCGCUGCACCUCGCGUGCUCCGCGCGGCCCACCGGCGGGUCGCUCGGAGUUGGAGCCGCGCGUUCAAGGACGGGCAGGCAGAGCGGGUGGGGACGAAGGUGUGGACCCUCGCGGCCGCCCAACUCCGUGCCGGACCCGAGAGCGCGCCACCACGACCCGGGCCUCGAGAUCGGCGAUGCGGUCGACGGGAGGAGCGUCAACGGCGGCGCCGCCAAGCCGCACCCGCAGGCCGCGCCGCGGAUGCGGCGUGCCGCCGCGGCCGUGGAGGACCAGGGGUGGGAGCUCCUCCGGGAGUCGGUCGUGCACUACUGCGGCAGCCCCGUGGGGACGAUCGCCGCGUGCGACCCGGACGACCCCACGCCGCUCAACUACGACCAGGUGUUCAUCAGGGACUUCGUGCCCUCGGGCAUCGCGUUCCUGCUCAAGGGGGAGUACGGCAUCGUCCGCAAUUUCAUCCUCCACACGCUGCAGCUCCAGUGAUGAUCUCCAGAGCUGGGAGAAAACAAUGGACUGCCAUAGUCCAGGUCAAGGCCUCAUGCCAGCUAGCUUCAAGGUACGUGUCAUUCCCCUUGAUGGUGAUGAUGAUGUCACUGAGGAAGUCUUGGACCCUGAUUUUGGUGAGGCUGCAAUAGGCCGUGUGGCACCAGUUGAUUCAGGGUUAUGGUGGAUCAUAUUGUUGAGGGCAUAUGGAAAGUGUUCAGGGGAUCUUUCAGUUCAGGAGAGAAUCGAUGUGCAGACUGGAAUAAAGAUGAUCUUGAAGCUUUGUUUAACUGAUGGUUUUGAUAUGUUUCCCACAUUGCUGGUCACUGAUGGCUCUUGCAUGAUAGAUCGUCGAAUGGGAAUACAUGGGCACCCUUUGGAAAUUCAGGCACUGUUCUACUCUUCUCUCUUGUGUGCACGUGAGAUGCUUACCCCUGAAGACGGAUCAGAUGAUCUAAUUCGUGCCUUGAAUAACAGGCUUAUUGCACUUUCUUUUCAUAUCAGAGAGUAUUAUUGGCUUGACAAGAGAAAGCUGAAUGAGAUAUAUCGAUACAAAACAGAGGAAUACUCUUAUGAUGCUGUAAACAAGUUUAACAUAUACCCUGAUCAGAUCCCUUCCUGGUUAGUUGAAUGGAUUCCGCCUAAAGGAGGUUACUUCAUCGGAAACCUGCAGCCAGCUCACAUGGAUUUCCGAUUCUUUUCCCUAGGGAACUUGUGGUCAAUAGUAAGCAGCUUAGCAACAGGACAUCAGUCCCAUGCUAUUUUGGAUCUGAUUGAAGCCAAAUGGUCUGAUUUGGUGGCAGAGAUGCCAAUGAAGAUAUGUUAUCCUGCCCUUGAGGAUGAAGAGUGGAAAUUCAUAACUGGGAGUGACCCCAAAAACACACCUUGGUCUUACCAUAAUGGAGGUUCCUGGCCAACACUGUUGUGGCAGCUCACGGUGGCAUGCAUCAAGAUGAACAGACCGGAGAUUGCAGAAAGAGCCGUGGAGGUAUCCGAGAGGCGUAUUGCCAGAGACAAGUGGCCUGAAUACUACGACACCAAGCGAGCGCGGUUCAUCGGAAAACAGUCUCGCCUCUUCCAGACCUGGUCCAUCGCCGGGUUCCUCGUGGCAAAGCUGCUGCUAGAGACACCUGAUAAAUCCAGAAUACUUUGCAACAACGAGGACGAGGAGAUUCUUAACGCCCUGAGUCUCAUGGCAGAUGGAUCCAGUCCGAGAAGAAGGCGUAGGAAGCAAGCGCCAAAGAACUAUAUUGUCUAGGUUCAGCAGCAAUCUUCAGCCUGGGGUCAUAACAUGGGGAUGGGGUGGGCCUCUCUUGUGUAGCUCACAGGGGAAAGUUUUGUAGAUAAAGGCGUGUUACUGUUAUCGCAUUAAACAAUCUAGAGGUUUACUGCAGUAAUGAAAAGAUCACGGUGCAGUGAGUUAUAGUCAACAACGGGUGAAUGAUCAUCAAUAAAGGUACAUUGCCACCAUCGAGGCAUUAGAUGCA